AUGGCACUAGCCAUUCUAGUCGUUCUUUACACGUAUCUUGGUUUGGCUGCUGCGCUUUCAAAGGAGGAAUGGCGGUCUCAGUCGAUCUACCAGCUUCUUACCGACCGCUAUGCUCAAACCAACGGAAGCACGGCGCCUUGCGGUAAUCUCGGAGAUUAUUGCGGUGGCUCAUGGCAAGGAAUAACCAACAACCUCGACUACAUCCAGGACAUGGGCUUCACAGCUAUCUGGAUAUCGCCUAUCACAGAGCAAAUACCAGGCAUCACCUAUGAAGGGGCGGCUUACCAUGGAUUCUGGCCACAACAGAUCAACCAGGUCAACUCGAAUUUCGGGACUGCAGCGGACUUGAAGGACUUGUCCAAUGCCCUGCACGAGAGAGGCAUGUAUCUUAUGGUUGACAUGGUUACGAACGACAUGGCUUGGAACGGCAACUACACCACCGUCGACUACUCUAUAUACGACGUUUUCAAUGACUCAAGUUAUUACCACACGUACUGUCCCAUCACCGAUUACCAGAAUUCAAGCAACGCGGUGGAAUGUUGGUCGGGUGAUCAGCAUAUCUCGCUUCCUGAUUUGGCAACGGAAAAUAGCGUUGUUCUGAGCAAAUGGGAAGCGUGGGUCUCAAAUAUUACUAAGACCUAUGGCAUUGACGGCAUUCGGCUUGACGCUUGUCUUGAACAAAACCAACAGUUUUUUACGUCCUUCGAAGCGGCCGCCGGAAUGUACAUUAUAUGUGAAGUCUACGACUACCCUAUACCUAAGGUUUGCGAUUACCAGAAUUACGUGAGUGGAUUGCUCAACUUUCCCGUAUGGUAUUUGAUCACCGAUGCCUUCGGUUCCAUCAGUGGCAGCAUCACCAAUCUGUACAACGGAAUCACCGAAAUGCAAGGAAAUUGCACAGAUGUUUCCCUUCUGGGAAAUUUUGUGGAGAACCACGACGUCGAUCGUCUCCCCUACACGGUAGAGGAUAUUGGACUGGACCAGAACGCCAUUGCCUUCGCCAUGCUCAACGAUGGCAUUCCCAUCAUAUAUGCGGGAGAAGAGCAGCAUUAUUCAGGAGGCUCCCCCCCUGCCGACCGAGAGACAACAUGGACCUCUGGAUACAAUACCACCACCAUCUACUAUCAGCUUAUCAAAAAGAUCAAUGCGCUCCGAGCGUGUCUAAUCAAUAACGACGCGACAUAUCUGACAACCGAAUCCGUCCCUUUCUUCCUGGACACUCAAGUGCUGGCUGUUAAGAAGGGAAGCACUCCGGCGGCGCAGUUAGUUGGAGUCUACAACAAUCGCGGUACUGGCGCCGCAUCAUAUACGAUCAACAUGGAGAAUACCGGCUGGACGGCGGGCGACCUUGUCUACGAGAUAUAUACGGAACAGACUGUCACACAUCUCGGCGACAACCGCAACACCGACAUCAACGUCCAUCGUUUUACCAACUACUACCACGCCGUCCACGUCCACAUCAACCGUUCUGCCCACUUCGACAAUAGCUUCUUCUUCGGUAGAAACUUCAAGCUCCGUCCUGGGAUCUUCCAGCUCUUCACCAGUACUUACAAGCUCUACGACAACCGCUAUACCCACUUCGACAAUAACAACUUCUUCGAUAGAGACUUCAAGCUCUAUACCGGGGUCUCCCAGCUCUUCAGCGAUAUCCUCAAGCUCUACGACAACCGCUAUACCCACUUCGACAAUAACUACUUCAUCGAUAGAGCCUUCAAGCUCUGUACCGGGAUCUUCGAGCUCUUUACCAGUACUUUCGAGCUCUACGACAAUCGCUGUACCCACUUCGACAAUAGCUACUACUUCGAUAGAGCCUUCAAGCUCUGUACCGGGAUCUUCAAGCUCUUCAGCAAUAUCCUCAAGCUCUACGACAAGCUCUACAGAAGUUUCAAGCUCCGUUCCGGGAUCUUCCAACUCUUCACCAGUACUUUCAAGCUCUACGACAACCGCUAUACCUACUUCGACAAUAGCUACUUCUUCGAUAGGGACUUCAAGCUAUGUACCGGGAUCUUCCAGCUCUUCAGCAGUACCCUCAAGCUCUACGACAAGCUCUGCAGAAGCUUUAAGCUCCGAACACCAGUUUGCGAGGCGGUGACUUACAGCGACGGAUUCUGUUAUUUGAAAUCCGACCCUGGAGCCGUCUACAAUGAAGCCGGCUCGGACAGCGCCUUCGUGAUCAGCACCUUGAAUGGCCCUGAGACUAUAGCAUCCGGGUACUUAUCCGGCAAUAUCUCACAGUCGAACCCAGCCUGUCCCGAUGCCAACGGAAACACCUUCGAGUUCAACGGCUACGUCUACGUCGUGGGCUGCAGUAUUGACAACUACGUCGUUGACAUUUCCACGGCCCCUGGCGCCGAUCUUGCCACCUGUGUGGAGAGCUGUAUUUCUUUCUCGGGCACGCAGUCUUGCGCGGCUGUGACCUACAACAACGGAAGCUGCCACUUCAAAGCUUCGGUUGGGACGGUCUUCCCCGCUACUGGUGCGGAGACCGCCUUUAUCAUAGCGAACAACGCCACCGGCAACCCGGUAGCAUUAACCCCCAGCCCACCCAGGCCAAGCCCACCGUCGCCCGGCAACCCAUCUCCACCACCUAAUCCCCCCGGCCCACCGUCGCCUGGCAACCCAUCUCUACCAUCUAAUCCAAACGUAUCCCCGGGCCCACUGUCACCCGGCAACCCAUCCCUACCGCCUAAUCCCACCGGCACGUAUACGGUCUCCUAUGGAUAUGAGAUAGUUGUGAGGGAAAUGAACGCAACGUUCGAUCCCCCGGAAUCCAAGCGCAACAGGGUGGAUUUGACGCUCAAGCGCAUCGAGACUUGGACUUCGCCUGGCGUUAUUGACUUGGACAACAGCCAGCGCGUGAAGGCUACUACAACUCACCGCCGGUACUUGAAAGGCCAUCAUCGGCCCGAGUAUUCCACAUCGCAGGCCGAGACACGCUCGUCACCAUCCUCAUUUAGACCUGACGAGGCUGACGAGCAAGACGGUGGCAUACUCGAGAUCGUGCUUUUCAGCUCUGGAUCUUACCUCGUUGAAUUCAAUGAGAGCGUUGAUGUGCCUUUGGACUUGAUGGGACAGAUCUUUGUGCGCAGCUCGCUAUUUCGCUUGGAAGCAUUACUGAGUGCAGGCGUGAUGGACAGUGGGUACAAAGGGGGUGUAGGAGCCAUGCUGCAGGUGCUUAGAUCCGCUUGGCUUGAUCGUGUAUCGCGAUACCAGUCUCGCACAGACGGUCUCCCGCCUGAUGAGUGA